AUGAAUGACUACACCCAAUUUCUCGAAAUCUUCAAAAUCUACACAAUCCUCAGCUAUCUCGAUGUUAUCCUAAGUCUACCAAUCUACAUCUAUUCAAUAUUCUACAUGCUCUCAAAACAUCGUGCUCAAAAACACCUCAAAACCAGCUAUAGAUACAUAUUGCUCUCCAAAAUCGUCAUCAAUUUUCUCUUCGAACAAUUCUCAUCGGGUCUCGCCACGAUCUGGUUUUCACCCAUACAAGUCUCGUGUCCCACCGGUUGCCUACUGUACCUCAACAUACCUCCUCCAAUCAUCUGGCAAAGUAUUGCAAUGUGUCUGAAUCACGCGCUUCCAGUUUCGAUAACUCAUCUCUAUUUGUAUCGAUUGAAAUUGGCGUUGCGCCCCAAUUCGUGUGCCUUUAAAUUGUUGGAUCGUGGCGGGACCAUUUAUAUCGGGCUACUGUAUUUGGCCGGGUUUUUGGUGCAUUCGUAUUCGUUGAUGCAUAGUGGAACGGAUUUGGACAGGAUUGAGUAUGCGCAGGUGGGUACGGUACCUGGCUAG